GUUUUUUUUUGUUGAUUUCUUUCUUAACGAAUGAAUGUUCUCGUAAAGCAUGGCUAAUUACACGAAGAAACGCUCGUGCAUGGAAUUAAAAGAGAGAUGAUGCAUGUAAAAUUGUUUUUACUACUUCUCUUCUUUCUUGGUUUGUUCUUUCAAAAUAUGAAUUUUCUAUAUUUACAGUUCUUCCUUCGCCUUUACUUUAUCUGGUCGGUGGCAGCCGCUAGCCUGCUAUCAUAUUUACCAUUUGGAUGUCGCACAGACAAUCUUAAUCCAUUCCCCCAUUUUUUGAUUACCUGCCACGCCUGCGACUACGAGGAUCCAUUAUUUUAUUCUUUUGCUAACUUUAUGCAUGUCACUCCUUUAUUGUUUUACCUUUUACUUUUGUAUUAGUGCCUAAACUUUUUAUUCCAUACCAUUCAUUGUUUCUGGAUUUUAUCAAACAUAUAACUUUCUGAGGGAAUAACGUGCAUUCACACAUCGGCGUGACGAAUCAGCUAAUUGAUUUGCCAUAGUUUCUUCUAUUAUGUCUUCUCAGUAUUUGUUCUUUACCUAAUCCAUUGAUGAUACGGUUCUGAUUUGAUCAAGAACUACCAGAGUUUUUUUUAUCAGAAUGGUAUCGGUUGAUAACGGGAUUUUGAAUCCCAAAGAUGAAAUUGAGGAAUGUAAUGGCAGUAAAGUGAAGGAGUUUGUUUCUAUAGAUAUUUCAACUACUCGAGAAACAUUUCUGAGCAGUGAGGAUUCCCAGAGAAAGGUUGAAGAAGGCACUUUAAGUUCUUCUGUUUCUAAUAGGAUAAAUUUUCUUAAAUUUGGUUCGGCAUCUGCCAAAUUCAAGAGGCUUGCUAUUGAGAGAGACAAGGUUUCAAUAUCUGUGCCUUCUCCUCGUUCAAAGGGCCUAGAAGCACGUUUCAGAGGCAUGCUUGCUCUGAAACUUGAUGGGGGUUCAGUCAAGAAGAUGUGCGUAGAGUGGAUUAAAAGUCCAGUGAACAUGGCCCUUUUUGUGUGGAUCACAUGUGUUGCUAUUUCGGGUGCAAUUCUGUUCCUGGUCAUGACAGGCAUGUUGAAUGGUGUGCUUCCGAAGAAGUCUCAGAGAAAUGCAUGGUUUGAAAUAAAUAACCAAAUACUCAAUGCAUUGUUUACACUCAUGUGCUUGUAUCAACACCCUAAGAGGUUCUACCACCUUGUUCUUCUCAUCAGAUGGAAACCAAAUGACAUCUCUAAACUUAGAAAUUUGUACUGCAAGAAUGGUACUUACAAGCCCCAUGAGUGGAAACAUAUGAUGGUAGUGGUUAUUCUCCUUCAUGUUAACUGUUUCGCCCAAUAUGCAGUUUGUGCUCUAAACUUGGGUUAUAAAAGAUCUGAGAGACCCGCCAUUGGAGUUGGAAUAUGUAUGUCUUUUGCAAUUGCUGCUCCUGCGGUUGCUGGUCUGUACACCAUUCUCAGUCCACUUGGAAAGGACUAUGACUGUGACACGGAUGAAGAAGUACAGCUGAGAGAGAAACCAUGCGAGAAGAAGUAUUCAUUUGCAUCAAAAGAUCAACAAAGAUUUGUUGAAAAUAGACCAAAGUGGAGUGGAGGAAUACUUGACAUUUGGAGCGAUAUUUCCUUAGCAUAUCUCUCACUUUUCUGCACCUUUUGUGUCUUUGGGUGGAAUAUGGAGAGACAUGGCUUUGGAAACAUGUAUGUCCAUAUUGCAACUUUUAUGCUAUUUUGUAUGGCACCUUUCUGGAUUUUCAUUUUGGCUUCCGUUAACAUAGAUGAUGACAAUAUUAGGCUGGCUCUGGGAGCUGUUGGAAUCGUUCUUUGUUUUCUUGGUUUACUGUAUGGUGGAUUUUGGAGGAUCCAAAUGAGAAAGAGGUUCAACUUACCUGCCUAUGACUUCUGUUUUGGCAAACCUUCAGCUUCUGAUUGCACACUUUGGCUAUGUUGUUCUUGGUGCUCUCUUGCUCAAGAAGCAAGAACAGGAAAUAACUACGAUCUUGUGAUAGAUAAGUUCUCCAGGAAACAAACUGAUGAUACUGGCAACCAACCUUCAAUCUCACCUUUGGCUAGGGAAGAUGUAGUAUCAACCAACUCUGGCACAAGUUCAGUGAGUGGCAACUCUUCACCUUUUAUAUUGAAAACCAAUGUGUUAAAGGAAGAUUAUAGAGCAGAUAGUAUUGUAGAAAAAGAGAAUUGUGAAAGAGGUGAUGAUGGAACAAUGAAUCCACCGGAUCCUAUAUUCAUACAAAGAGAGUGAUUCAAGAGUUUUACAAUUUUAACGUCUGUUCUAACUCGUAAACAUACGUGUCUUUUCCUUCUUUUUCAAUCAAAACAUACAAUGCGUUCUAUUGAGGGAAUUUCGCUCUUGUUUUUAAUU